AUGUGUACGACGUAUGAGUGCAAAUACAGAACAUGGCCAUCAUGGUCAUCAACGCACCGAGCACUCGUGGUCGCGGAGAUCAUGGUUGUUGCCCUCCGACGCAUGGACGUUCGAUGUCGACACAUGGACCUCAAGCCGUAUCUAUCCCCUGUCCACCAGAAGCUGGAGCGUGACCUCGUUGCUGAGGACUUCAAAGUCAUUGAAAGAUAUGCGCCGCUCGUGAAGAUCAUCGGCUUCAGGCGGGGCGGCAAAGGCAGUCCCCGCUACGAAUCCGAUGUCCUUCAUACAGGACCUACGAAAAUCAUGACGCAAUGUUCUCCUCAGCCUCUCCUAUUCCCGGCUCUUCAUACCUUGGACUGGCCACACACCCUAUCUACUCGUUUUCAAGGCCCUCACGCUGGAUACAAGGGCUUUUGGGCUUGUGCGGGUCUAUACAUCAGUCCUAAAUUCAAGAAGAUCGUCAUAGACUUCUCCAUCCUUCCUUCGCAUGUCCCACAAAGUCUCAGAACUCUCCACUUUCGCUGUUCGUCCGCUCUGAAAGAACUAUGCGUACUUCUGACUCGCGACACUGUCGACUCCUGGACAUCAAUGUCUCUCAAAUCUAGAGGUCAAGCACGCUUCGUGACACUCCGAAAAUUAGACAUCCGGACACAAGACCUGACAGCGUUCAAUGAUCUAGCGAAUGGCAAAUUUAUGUUUCCACAAGUGGAGACAUUCAGCAUUGACUGCUCCUCGUUCCCAUCUGCAUCUGAGGUCGAUGCAUUCAUCAACGCUCUACAGGAUCUGUUCUCGCCUUCGCGACUCCAGUGUCUAUCUAUGGAGACAAGUCCCUGGGAAGAUCAAUGGCGCAGCAACACUAUCUCGUCUUGUGGUGGUACUCUGCGGCGCGACCACCUGCGCAAACUUCUUGCUUUCCGCAAAGUACAGACAAUCAUAUUACAGGCACAGCUGGAGGUUGAUCUCGACGACGACAUAGCGGAGGAAAUGUCAGCAGCGUGGCCACAGAUAGAGACAUUGAGCAUCUCACCUCAAUGCAAGCUUUGGAACAAAGACGAGAUAACGGCGACCUUGCGUUCUUUGCAAUCAUUUACCACCAAUUGUCCACGCCUGAUUCAUUUGGACAUACCGUUUCGCGCAGACGGUGCCAAUAUCCACCUCCUGUCACCACGUACUCCACAGAAUCGCGCUCUUGAACGUCUCGACCUGAAAUGGGUACUCAUCGACGAACAUGUCUCCGAGGUCGCAACGCUGUUGGGAAAAAUUCUUCCUAAUCUUAAGAUUGACAUGAAUAUCUCCGGCAACUAUGAGCAAUUCAAUCGGUGGCUUGCAGUCAAGAACGAGCUCAAGUCGACACUAAAAGGACCUACAGAAGACGAAGCGGAUACUCCAUCCGAAGCCUAG